AUGGCGACAAUCUACCGCGAAUCUCAGGUAGGGGGGGCCAUCGACCCGUGGGACCCACAGUCACGAUCCCAGGACUCACAGGGCUACCUACCGAUGCCCUUUUUAAGCCCACAAACGGGCAAAAAACGAGUCCGCAAAUCCCGGGCCUACCUCACUCUCCCGCCGGCAUCGCAGCUACCCGCGGGGAUCCCCCUGAGCCUGGAGGACUGGUGCGGACAGCGGGCAGGUCACUACUCACCCGACAACGAUAUGGGGAGGCGAACACAGAAGCCACAACAGGCAGCACCCAGGGACUCCCAAGAUAUUGGGACUCUGCUGCAACGCACAGCAGGCCACAAAAUGGCGGCCGAACAAGAACAGGAACCUAGCCCCACACAUUCAGCACAGCUGUCCCAGGGAAGCAGCAGUGACAUGAGAGCUGAAGCUCCCAGCAACCCACAAGCAGAGAGGGAUGACUCAGCCCCAGCCACUAAAAGGGACAUCAGACUCCUAUUACAGGAGAUGAAGGGGCUGUUUGACACUGACAUAAACUUAAUCCGCACAGAAACGCAGGCGGUGACGGCAAGAGUACAGGCCUCUGAAGAAGACAUACUAGACCUCCGACAGGAGGUGAAAAGCAUGGGGGACGCCCUGAAACAUUUACAGACAGCGAACUCAGCACUCCAAAACACGCUAGACGCCAUGGAAGAUCGCAACAGGCGCACACAUAUUAAGAUUCGGGGUAUUCCUGAUGCAGUGGGACCAUCCGAAUUACCACAGUUCCUGAGGAGACUCACGGCCACAAUACUGCCACAUACACAAGCCAAAAAGCUGGAAUUUGACAGCCACUUCCGCAUUAACAAAGCAAAAAGGGCACCCACAACGGCCCCAAGGGACGUCAUCGUCCGCUGCCAUUCCAUGACAGACAAACGCCGCAUACUAGCAGCAGUAAGAGACAAGACACCCUUGGCCUUCGAAGCCUCACAACUUACCUUCUUCCAAGAUAUCACGCGGAGCACCCUACUCUGGAGAAAGUCCUUGAGCAACAUAACGGAACAACUGCAGAAGGGGAACGUAGAAUACAGAUGGCUGCUGCCAAGAACUCUGGCGGUAUUCAGCGGAGAAGAAGUUCUAAAACUCACCUCACUCUCGGAGGCCCCAGCGCUUCUCCAAAAAUUGGGACUAACUCAGAACGCCCCAACACCGGGACCAACACAAGCUACCCACUCCUGGGACCCGGACAGAAUAGUACCAUAUGUCCCUAGGGGCAACAAGAGACCGGAGACGGAGACCUGAACACCUUAAACUGUUUACCUCUUAAUUUUAUUUCCAUGCUCUGAUAUUCUCCCCUCUUCUAUGAUUUCACCCUAUUGCUCCACGAAAACACGACAUCUCACUAUUAACUCCCCAUACAAAGUCGGAGACGAUCUCCCAACCCCCGCGACCCUCUUAGGUUAAGGGCCAACAUUACCUACUAACCCAAGCAUAGCAAACGCGACACAAAACCCACACUCAGGCACAGACAGACGCACAUAUACAAUUUUCACCGAGGACGAGCAACAGCACGUUACAAUUAUCAACACCCCCCCUCAAAUAACAGAGAGGAGUGCCACUUAACCACUCACAGGACCCAAGCAACAUAGACACAAACAUUCACAACCAGUUCACCCUAUGGGAACCUACCGCAUGGGCACACUCGACACACUAGAAAACCAGAAAAAGUGCAGAAACAUGACCACAAGUUCUUCCUGACUACUAGGACGCAAGCUAAAUUCCUCCGACCGUAGAACAAAAAGACUCAUGCUAUAUACUUGCUGCCAAUCCUAUGCUCCUGAUAUGUUAUAAGUGUAAAACGUAUAGACUGAUCUAGACCCUUGGCAAAACAAUUGUUAUUUACUAAUCUGCCUAUGUUGAAAAGGCAGCUCAAGUAUGUUAUUCUUUGUUACAUUUCUCAAUGCACAGAAAAUAAAGAAUUAAAAAAAAGUAUAUGGCACUGUGUUAUUGGAGGAUUUCAGUGUAGCCAAUUACAGGUUAUCCUUAUGGUAUUCCUAAAUUGGAGCCUUCCAAACCCUUGCACUCUGUACAUUCCAAAAUAGAGCAAGUGGUUAUGAGCUACACAGUAAUAACUCUGCAAAAGGUAAACCUAUUUUGCAGCAGCCCAGGAUUAUGACUGAUUGCUGAUAUUAUAUAAAUAGGAGCCAAAUAAAUGUGUUUUCUCUGUUUGUGCAUCAGUGGUUGCCCACCUCAAUCAUUGCACAUUCACAUGAAAAAUGAUAUCUCCAAGAAGUGUACCUUGCUGAAUGCAUGAUGUCCCAUUUCCCGUUUCAGUCUGUAUUGCCUAAAGGUUCACGGACUUGCCUCACUUUGGCGUCUCUUCCGAGGCAAGAAGUGGAAUGUCCUGCGUCAAAGGGUGGACUCCUGUUCUUACGAUCUGGAUCAGGUAUAUUCGCUUCCAUUGCCCUUGUAUGUUAAAAGCAGGUAGUAAUUUUCAUUCGUAGAGGCAAGUGUAAGAGACAAAACCACAAACCGGAUAUACUUCUUUAUAAUUACGUUCAGUGUUAACUUGUAUCCUGAAGUCUAUUUUUACAGCCUCACAGGAUCCCUGGUCAUAGUUUGUAGCAGGGGGGCUAUCAUACGCAGUGAAUAGAAACAUAGAAACAUAGAAUGUGACGGCAGAUAAGAACCAUUCGGCCCAUCUAGUCUGCCCAUCUAGUCUGAAUGCAUUCCCACAUCCACCAUCACAUGUGCAAAAUGUACAUUAUGUUGGUGCAUAGCCAGGGCUGGGGACUAAAACCAGAACAUCAGGAAAACAGACAAUGUCGAGAGGUUUUACAGUACACAUAUCCAACAGUCUGCAAGAGAAAAACAUCUGCGUAGACACAUUUUGCUAACACGAUUCCAUUUCUAAUUCUUUUUGUACCCAUAUACGUAUCUGGUGUCUCAUCAAUCCUGGCUUUUCAAAUCUACUGUAUUAGUUUGAUUCCAACUAAAUUGUAUUAAUUCCCCCCAUUCAGUUUUCCCAGUGCUGAGACUUUAUAAGUGCAGUAUCUGAAUUAGAACAUUUCCAGCAGGUUAUGGCUUCUCGUUGGUGAUCAAUGUUAGGAAUGUUGUGUGUGUUUGUUUGUGCUUGUGUUUGUAACCGAUUGUUUUUAUGUUUUAAACAGCUGUUUCUUGGGACAUUGCUGUUCACAAUCCUUCUCUUUCUGCUUCCAACUACUGCCCUGUAUUACCUGGUAUUCACCCUGGUACGUAGACCGGCAGGUUCAAGACCUCAAUUCUGUGGCCACGUGCAUGUUAUAGGACAUGAAUUCUACCCAGAGAAUUACAUUAUACUGAACCAAUUGAUAUGUAAACAUUUCAAAUUUACGUUUGGAUUAAAUUGAAACAAAUCAGAUACAUAGUGCUGGCAGCUGAUUACAUUCAAAAUCCUAGGGUCAAAUAUUUACCAAGUCUUCUAAAGCCUGAUACAUUGUACUGCACAUUUCAUUUAAAGGGAUUCUCCAGUGCCAGGAAAACAAACCAGUUUCCUGGCACUGUAGAAUCCUGGAGUGCCCCCCAUCCCAAGUCACUGAAGGGGUUAAAAUCCCUUUUGUCACUUACCUGAAUCCAGCACUGGGUCAGUUUCCGCCCACGUUCCUCCCCCGCCGGCAAGGGAGACCUAAUGUGCAUGCGUGGCAAUGGCCGCUCGCGCGCAUUAGACCUCCCCAUAGAAAAAUAAUUAUUCAUUGCUUUGCUAUGGGGAUUUAGGCAACGCUGGAGGUCCUCAUGCAUAGCGUGAGAAUGUCCAGCGUCGUUUAGACGUCCAAAAGUGGUCUAAGAACCCGGAAGUUGACAGUAGACAGCCACUAGAGGAGGACUUAACCCUGCAAGGUAAAUAUUGCAGUUUAUAAAAACUGCAAUAAUUACACUUGCAGGGUUAAGGGUGAUAGGAGUUGUCACCCAGACCACUUCAGUGGUCUCGGUGCCUACAGUGUCCUUUUAAUAUUUAGUUGUCCUUUGACUUGGUGCUGUGUAGAAAGUACUGCAAUGAGCCAAUCAAUUCUUUUAACAGUUAAUAUCUUAAGUAGGGACUGAUGCAGAUCCUAAAAUUCCUGAAUAUACAUUAUAGAAGUAGUGUGACUGUAAGCUGUGCCUAAAGUGGUAUUAGCUGCCUUACAGAUGAGGCCUGUGAUAGGCCAAUCCAGCUGAUCUGAUUUUGUUUUGACCUAUCUUGUGCAGAGAGGACCUGUUGGCAUUUUGGUUCUAGUUGGCCCUUGUGGGCGGGAUCAUUCUGAUAUGCAAAUGAUACAGGUUUUCUUCUGGACUGGCGCAAUAGAAUAACUAUAUAACUAUUGUCAUGUCAGGGUAAUUCACUAACGUGUAAAUGGUCAGGGAAGCAAAGUAAAUUCUACCCUAGAAUUGAAAACAUAGCUGACUUCUUUCUUUUUCCAAUUUGCCUCUUGUGGCCUAAACGUUUUAAAAGUCAUGGUGAAGAAUGCGAUCUGUGUUGACUAUACAUAAUACAGCCAAUUGUUCUAAACAGAUCUAUAGUACAGUAAAAUAUAUUAAUCAUUUAUUUGAAGAUGUUAGAUACAAACAUACAGUUCCUGAAUAGAUCAGACCGUUACGUUGAGAAUAGAGAAAUCUUGUGAGGAAUUCGACAUAGAAGGAGGAUCUCACUUUUUUCCUUUUAACAGUUACGGCUACUUGUGGUCCUAGUUCAAGGUGUUAUCCAGAUGAUCAUUAAUCUGCUGAACUCGCUCCCUCUCUAUGCCCUUGUAUUGCGACUCUGCAGAUCCUACAGAUUGGCAGGUGAGUAACUCCGAACAUGUAACGCUAUCUCGCCCCAGCUGGGGGGAUCUUGUUUUCCAUAAUUGCAUAUUAGACCCCUCACUGCCAAGCGAUUUGCCAAAUAAAACCCCACUAAAAAGCAGGUUUUGUUUUAUGGAAAGGAGUGUGUUUUUUUUGUACACAUAGAUAACACAUUGUUUCUCCUUAUACUGAACGGGUGCAGGGCCUAUUCUGGAAAUCUUUUGAUCUCUCUGCUGCCCGAUGCAGCGACCGAGUGCCCAACUUAUAGAGAUAUACAAAUUUGCAGAAUUCAUUUGCAGUGAAUAAAUGUUUCUUGCAUUGUUGAAAUCAUGUACACCAGAUUCUUGUGCAUGGGAGAUUAUAUUGAUAAGCGUUCAUAUUGAACAUGUCGGCAAAGCACUAACAAUGUGAUGUUACCACUUUCAGCUGGGGUUAAAUUCCGAAUGCUGCUACAAGAAGAAGGGAAAAGUCUAAGACUCUUGAUGCAGGUAAAAAUGUAACUCCGAGUUUUAAUCUGUCCAGUCUAUAAUAGUUAUUAUUCCAUUUCCAUAUAUAUCUAGUACUACUUAAAUCUUCUACGAGCCAUUGUAAUGUUUUGAUAACAGUGACCGUGCUUGCUUGAAAUCAUUAAUAAAGUGAAAAAUUAUUAAUUGUGCUCCUGCAGAUCAACCCUUUGCCAUAUGGAAAUGUACUGCAGCAAUACAAGAUUCCAGCCAGUAAAUUCUACCCCAAAGAUUCCUGGGGUUCAUUGUGCAAGAAGCUGUUCAUCGGGGAACUUAUUUACCCCUGGAGGCAGGAAAGAGACAAGCAGGACUGA